AGGAGGAGGAGGAAAAAAAGAAGGAGUAGGAGGAGGCUUUGUCCCAGCAGGCAGCAGAAAGGGUCUUGAGGAGCUGGGACAGAUCCCAUCCUCACAACUCCUUCCCAUCGACGUGGAGGCUGCAGGUCGAGGAAUUCUCUGAUCAGCCAAACGGCCCUUGCCUGAAGUCGGCUGCUGGCAGCGGCCCCGCUCCUUGCAGCGUCCCCCAGGCUUGAGCAACUCCAAGCUUCGGCUGGGUUCCAUCUAUUCUUGCAGCACAGCCGUUGCAAAACAAAGGCAGACCCCAGGUUGCCACCCGUGAGCCCUCGGGGAGACGAUGGCAGCGAUGGGCAGGUGGCUGCUGGCACUGGCGUUGGCGCUGCUGGCCCCAGCGCGGUCGGCAGCCCCCCGGCAUGUGGCAGUGCUGCCCGAGGUGGGGGGCAGCGGCGACGGCGAGGAGGUGCCGGGCACGGCGCCCAGCCGCCCUGUCACGGUCGGCAUCAGCCCCACCGCGGCGGACGCGGCGGGGACCACCGUCACCAACAGCUCGGCGCCGGGGGGCCUGCUGGAUGGGCUGGUGGACUUCUUCAAGGAGUACAUGCUGCUGGUGGUGGUGGUGGGCUCGCUGGCCUUCGUCCUCCUCUUCAUCAUCUGCGCCGCCGUCAUCGUGCGGCAGAAGCACAAAGCCUCUGCCUACUACCCCUCCUCCUUCCCCAAGAAGAAGUACGUGGACCAGCGGGACAAGGUGGGGGGACCUCGGGAGUUCACUGAGGUGCCCGAGAAAGCUCCAGACCCUGAGGCUGAGGAGCCCCUGGACAGCAACCAGCAGCUGCAGGCAGACAUCCUCGCUGCCGCCCAGAACCUCAAAUCCCCACCCAAGGCAGCGCUGGCCAACGGGCCCCAGGGGGAGCACAAACCCCCCAGAGAGGAGGAGCAGGAAGCAAGCAAAGAGCUGGGUGAUGAGCAGCCUGCCGCUGAGCCUCCUCCCCAAAGCCCAGGUGCUGAGGAAGCAGCGGGCACAACAGCAGCGCCCCAGGAUGGCCCCGUGGCUGCUCCUGGCGUCUAGGGCAGGGACUUGGUCCUGGGUGAACCUGAGAGGCUGCCAGCUCAAGGGACGCCCCGGACACGCAACGGACAUGGUGGUUUGUUGCUCCGUACGUACGUGGUGGCUCAAGGAAGCCCCGAUGAAGCCCCCCCCCAAUACCCCUUGCUCCUUCCUGACCCCCCCAACCCCAUCAGCCCUUCCACUGGUGGGAUGCUGUGGCCAUGCCAUGGGGCUUUUGGCAGGUGGGGUGGGGUUUGGCAGAUACGGUGGCUUUUAGCAGUGUUUCUCCACAAGGCUGGAGUGUGUCAGCCCCCAGGAGGCUUGUCCCACCCCUGGGCACUGGGUGGGUGCAUCCCCCCCUGCCCCCAGUCCCAGCUCUGCCCCCUUCCUCCAGUCAUGUGCUGGGCAGCUCUUGCCCUCCACCAAGCCUCUCCAGCUUCACCCCAAGUAUUUAACUCGUUACUGGUGCCCUGAUCCGUGCUGGGAGCCUGCCAGGAGGAGCUGCAGCCUCUGGGCAGUGCUGGACUGCGGCAGCUGUUCCCUGCUCCGGAGAACCUUGGUGACGAUGGGCUGGCUUUGUUGUGGCCACCAAAGCAAUGAGGACAGGAUGACUUUGCCCAGCUAAGGCAAGGGAAGAGGAUUUAGCAGCGAGGACCCAUCCUUGCAUUUUUCUGCCCCAAAACCACGACCCAGAUGGACUUUUCCCUUCUUUUCUCAACCCCUUCAACUCAUAAUAAAGACCUUUCUUCCGCA